GCGCAUGUAAUCUGUCCCUUGUUUCUUUUUGAAAUAUGGUGGUCUGGUCGAGCCGAAUAGCAUCCUUUUGAGGCUUCCAGUAAUUUGAUUGCAACCAUUCAAGUGCCUAAAAUCAUUACAGCACACUUAGAGAACUAUGAAACAGCUGAGCUUCCAAAAAAAAUAAAUUUAUAAAGAUAUGAAGUACUAGUAACAGCAAUAAAAACCAACUAUGAGGUUACAAUCCCCACCUCUCACUCGGACUAAAGGCGAGAGCAUUUUCCUGUCACCCGUAGCCGCAGAUCAGCAAGGAGAAAGGCAUUUCCGCCAUGGGUAGAAGACCAGCAAGGUGUUACCGCCAGAUCAAGAACAAGCCGUACCCAAAGUCGAGGUACUGCCGUGGUGUGCCAGACCCAAAGAUCAGGAUCUAUGAUGUGGGGAUGAAGAAAAAGGGGGUUGAUGAGUUCCCCUACUGUGUGCAUUUGGUCAGUUGGGAAAAGGAAAAUGUGUCGAGUGAGGCACUCGAGGCAGCUCGGAUUGCCUGUAACAAGUACAUGACAAAGUUUGCGGGAAAAGACGCCUUCCAUCUUAGGGUUAGGGUUCACCCCUUCCAUGUCCUGCGUAUUAACAAGAUGUUGUCAUGUGCUGGAGCUGAUAGGCUCCAAACUGGAAUGCGAGGUGCUUUUGGGAAGCCACAGGGGGUUUGUGCCCGAGUUGCCAUUGGACAGGUUCUUCUUUCUGUUCGCUGCAAGGAUGCCAAUGGAGUCCAUGCUCAGGAGGCCCUUCGGCGUGCAAAGUUUAAGUUCCCUGGCCGUCAAAAGAUCAUUGUUAGCCGCAAAUGGGGAUUCACCAAGUUGAACCGCUCGGACUAUGUGAACUACAAGAAGGAGAAUCGUCUUGUGAAUGAUGGUGUCAAUGCCAAGCUCCUUGGAUGCCAUGGGCCACUCGCGAAUCGUCAACCUGGACGAGCGUUUUUAACUGCUGUUUAAGACACCUUAUUGGCACAAUCCUUUGUUUUGGCGCAUUUAGUGUUCCAAUUUUGUGUUCAAGAAGAUAAUUUCUGCAUGGAACUUAUGUUUGUUUUUGAAUUAAUGUGGAUUGCAACUGGUUUCUUUGGGUUGAUAUACAUCUAUUAUGUCUUUGACUUGGAUUUGUUUACUUUAUUUCCUUCAUCUUCAUUCCUUUCAAUUUUCACGGUUUCUUAGUCUCUU